AUGUCAUCCACACAGUCGCCUCUACUGUGGAUACCAUGCAAGGCUACAGAGGAUGUACAGGUGGCCACGGCCGUAUCCUCGCUCAUCUCCUCGUCCUAUGGUGAGGACCCAAAGAAGUACUCCUCCUCGCUCCACUCCCUCGCGCGUGCCCGAUCGGAUGCCGUAAAAGGAGCUACUGGCAGCGAUACGACGACGCGGGACCUUCUAUUCAAAUGGUUCCACAUUCUUGAGAUGCUCGAAGUGCGGUUUCCCGAGGUGAGGGUACCCUUUACGUGGAAGGACGCCUUCACCGGCAAGUCCAUCAGUCAGUACUCUUUGGCAUACGAGAAAGCUGGCGUCAUAUUCAAUACGGCAGCUGUCUUGAGCAGUAUCGCAGCUGCAACUCCCAGACUAGGAGGCGUGGGAGGCAGCAGCGGCGAUGGGACAAAGCGAGCCUAUACCGCUCUACGACAAGCGGCAGGCUUCUUCACCUACAUCAGCGACAACUUCCUCCAUGCUCCAUCAACUGACAUGUCGCGGGCACUGCUCAAAUGGAUGGUACCCCUGCUUCUAACCCAGGCUAAUGAAGUCUUCCUUGAGAAGACGCUUGUUGGCAAAAGCAGCGCGGGACUUAUUGCCAAGCUGGCACAAGGUGUAGCAUCUGGAUAUACUGCCCUCGCAGAGGAGAGCAAAGACUGGAGGGACAAAGAUGUCAUCGACAAGACCUGGGUCAUGCUACUCACUGCCAAGGCUCGUCACUUCUCCUCACUAGCACACUACUACAAAGCGCAGGCCGAUGCAACUGCUGGCAACCAUGGCCAUGGCCUGGUCCGGCUGACAUUAGCCGAGACUCUGUCCAAAGAAGCAGUCAAGCUCUCAAAUGGCUUCUCUGCCUGCCAUCCUGCCUCGUCUGGGCCCUCGGCGUCUGCUGCAACUACCUUUGGCUACUCGACGCCAGCAGCUUCUGCCUACACGAUGCCGUCUGAUGCUGGGCCUUCGCUCGUGGCCCUGGUCAGCUCUCACUUGGCGCUGGUCUCAGAAAAGCGAGCUCAAGCAGUCAAGGACAACGACCUAAUUUACCACGACAUUCUACCCUCGGAGUCUACACUCCCUCCCAUUGACAAGACUGCGCCAGCUGCUGCCAUCUCGAUUGCGGAAGUCUACGCAACGCCAGAAGUCCAACGAGUCAUUGGACCUGAUCUCUUUGCCAAGCUGGUGCCUUUGGGAGUGCACGAGCGCGCGAGUCUGUAUUCAGAGGAAAAAGCGAAGCUGGCGAGGGCUGAGGCAGAGAAGUGUGACCUGGCCGAAGGUGAGAGGGUAGCCACUCUCGAUGCCAUGGGCCUCCCUGCUAGUCUCGAGAAGUUCAGGGCAGCAGUCAGUGGCAAGGGCAAUUGGGAGAGUCUAGUAGAUCCGCCAAGCGAGGUCAUGACAUGGGCCGAAGAGGAGAUCAAUGGUGGACCAGCUCGCGGAGCAGACCCGCUCGGUCCCGGAUCACGCGGUGUUCAGGAGGCCUUCACCAAGAUCAGGCCACUGCGACAGGCUGCUCAGCAGGAUCUACAGGCUGCUACUACCUCGUUGGAUGAAGAAUCACGACUUUGCGAGAAAGCAAGGGUGAAAAUCGGACAUCAGUUCAAGCAGGACCCUUCAGGCAGUAUUCCGCGAGUAAAGGAGAUGAGAUCGGAGCUUCGCAACAACCGCGAUGCUCUGAAACAGGCCGAAGACAACGAUGGCAGGAUCGAACAACGCUGGAAUGAAGUGCGGCAAGAUGUUGAGCUGCUUGGCAGAGGGAGAGAGGCGAUCGAGGGAGCCUUUGCUGAGGCUGUGUCUCGAACAGACACGUCCACGGGCGCUCCAUCCGCUACGUCCCUCUUGGACGUGUCAGAAGAGGAUGAGCGACGAUCCACUGAAGAUCUGACCCAGCUCAAGAGGAGCGUUGAGGCUCUCGAUGCUGCCCUGGUCAAAUUGUCCAAGGUCAAGCGGGAGAGGGACACUGUUCUCAGCGAGCUACGAGAGAAGCUUCAGACGGACGACAUCGGCCACUUGCUCAUACUCAAUCACCGAGGCGGCAGCAACCAGGCGGCACAGGAAGCUGCGCUCUUCCGCCAGGAGCUAGAGAAAUUUCGUCCUUGGCUCACACGCCUCAAUCAGGCUAUCAGUGCGCAGCACCAUCUCCUCAGCGAAAUCUCCUCUUUGUGGAGCACGAUCAAUUCCAGUGCGCAGGGCAAGAGGAUCACACAAGAAUGGGGCAGCAAGUCUCGAGGUAAAGAGAGGCUGACGCAGAGGUUGCGUGCUGCUCGAGAUGGAAAUGCAGAGGUGCGAGCUGCUUUAGGAAAGGGACUGCAGUUCUACGAGGAGCUGGGCCAGAUUGCGAGAGGGCUGAAGGCUUCUGCUAGGCAGUGGAGUGAGGAGCGCAGUCGGGAGAGGGAAGGGAUGGAGAGGGAGGCAGAGUGGGAAGGGCGACUCGGCUCCAAUGGAGGCACUGGCGGCGGUGCCGGCGGCCUCAAUGGUCUGGAGAAGAGCAUGGAUGGCAUGCCCGCCGCCUCGCCGUACGGCGGUGGACCACCUCCUGCGCCACUACCACAACGACAGUCUUCGGGCAAUUACGGACAAGCGCCAAGCGGCCCCGGUCCUGGCGCGUACGGUCUGCCUCCUCAUCAGUAUCAGCAACCACACUCGCAACCACCCAACCCCUACUCGAGCCCAUACUCGAGCAACACCAGCUCUUCCUCCAUCCCAUCAGCACUCCCCCCACCCCCUCCCCGACCAGAUCAGAAUCGCUACCCUUACGGAGCUCAGCAUGCUCCACUCACGACGGGAUACCCUGCUCCACCAUCGGCACAGCAGCAUCAGCACCAGUACCAAUCUGCUCCUCCCCCAUCCCCGUCCGUUCAUCAGUCGUACGGGUCCACUUCCUCGUACGGGGGACCUGGAGGUUACACUCCUGCUCCGCCGACGGCUCCACCUCGAGCCCCUUAUGGCGCGUAUGGAACGCCGGCUCCUGCUCCUGCUCCUUCACACACUUCCUCUGGCUAUGCAGGUCCACCACCUCCUCCUGCGCCAUACGGAGGUCAGGCGUCACAUCAGCACUACCAAGGACAGCAGGGGCAUGGGCAGCAGCAGCAGCCGUAUCCGGGCUAUGCCGGUGCUCCACCGCCGCCGCCUCCUUCGAAUCAGCAGUGGAGAGGGUAUUGA